AUGAUUUGCAAGUGCUUUUUCGCCCAACUGUACCUCGAAACAGGGUUUUGUGCCGAACCUGCGCACCAAGGCCUGCCUCUUCGUGUGGGACCAGCUGAUGCUGCAGCGAUUCGCCCCGACCACGUUGCCCAACGUCUGCCUCGCCAUUCUUCACCUCCUGUCGCCAUGGCUGCUGUACUGUCGAAAUGCUGUCUCCGUCGCCCACGUGAGUUCGUCUACCACACACCGCCCAUACCUUCUUUGGGACAUUGUUAG